GGCAGAGGAGGUCCCCGAAACCGGGAGGCGCGGGGGGUCCGUCCCCUUCCCGGCACCACCUCCGGGAAGGAUGGGUUGAGCCGGAGCGAGGAGGAAGAACGCCGGGGCCGCGUCGGGUGCCGGGCAGCCCUAUGAUCCGGGAUGACUCCCGACCCGCCGCGGCGCGGGGCUCUCUUGCAGAACGUGCUGGCCAAGGCGCUGUACGACAAUGUGGCCGAGUCGCCGGACGAGCUUUCCUUCCGCAAAGGCGACAUCAUGACCGUGCUGGAGCGCAACACGCAGGGCCUGGACGGCUGGUGGCUCUGCUCCCUGCACGGCCGCCAGGGCAUCGUGCCGGGGAACCGCCUCAAGAUCCUGGUGGGGAUGUACGACAAGAAGCAGCAGCAGCAGCAGCAGCAAGCGGCAGGGCCGGGGCAGGGCCAGGCGCCGCCGGUGCCGCAGCCCACGUUGCCGUACCACCACCAAGGGGGGUACAGCCCGCUGUCGCCCGCCUCGCAGUACACCCCCAUGCACCCUUCCUACGUGCCCCAAGGGGACAAUGUCUACUUGAUGCCGGCUCCCGGCAAGGGGCAGCAGGGCCUCUACUCGGGCUCGGCGCCCACCGGACAGUUUCCCCCGGCUCCGGCCAAGCAGCCUCCAGCCUACCCGAAGCAGACGCCGCCCCACGCCUUCCCCAGCGCCGGGCAGGAGAUCUACCAGGUGCCCCCGGCCCUGAGCCAAGCAGCGGACGCGUACCCUGUGGGCUCUGCCAGCCCUCCCCAGGAUAUAUACCAGGUUCCUCCCUCAGUGGCUCAGGCUCAAGACAUCUACCAGGUGCCCCCGUCUUUGGAUGCGAGGAGCUGGGAAGGGCCCAAGCCCUCGGGAAAGGUAUUGCUGCCCACCCGCGUGGGGCAGGCGUACAUCUACGACUCCCCCAAGGGCGAGCAGGAUGAAUACGAUUUUCCCCGCCACCUCCUCUCCUCGGGCUCCCAGGAGAUCUACGAUGUGCCGCCCGUGCGCGGUGCGCUGCCCAGCCAGGUCUAUGACACCCCUCCCAUGGCAGUCAAGGGUCCCAAUGGACAGGACACGGGGCAGGAGAUCUACGAUGUGCCCCCCAGCGUGGAGAAGAACCUGCACCAAACCGUAUACGACGUGCCGCCCUCCGUCAGCAAGGACGUGCCGGACGGCCCCGUGCGGGAGGAGACGUACGACGUGCCCCCCGCCUUUGCCAAGCAGAAAGCCUUUGAGCCCCCCCGCCACCCCCCAGUGCUCACCCAGCAGGAGCCCUACCUGCCAGAGGAUGUCUAUGACGUCCCACCGGCAGCCGGGAAAGCUGCCCCCGAGCCCUCGCUGUCCCACGAGAUCUACGACGUGCCUCCCAGCCUCAAGAAGCUGGGGGGGUCAGCCUUCCCCUCGCAGGAGGUGUACGACGUGCCGCGGGACCUGCAUGCCCCCGGCAAGGGCUCGGUGGACACGGAGGGUGAGUACAUCUACGAUGUCCCGCCGCAGGUGGACCGCGAGGCCAAGGCGGCUGACACCAAGCGUCUCUCGGCCUCCAGCACGGGCAGCACCCGCAGCAACAUCUCCACCUCCUCGCUGGACACGGUGCCCGUGAAGGAGCCGGCCAAAGGGCCCGGCAGAGAGUUCUCCAUGGACUUGGACGCUGCCAUGGAGAUGCUGGCCAAGCUCCAGCUCGGCGUCAGCGGCGCCGUCUCCUGCCUCAUGUCCUUCAUCAGCACCAACUGGCGCAGCCCCGAGCACAUGGAGGCCAACGCUGCCGGCAUCCGCAGGGCGGCUGAGGGCGUGCAGGCGGCCCUCCGGGAGCUGCUGGAGUUCGCCCGGGGGGCGGUGGGCAAUGCCGCCCAGGCCUCGGACCGCUCGCUUUACGCCAAGCUCAGCAAGCAGCUGCAGAAGAUGGAGGAGGUCUACCAGGCCCUGGGGCGGCACAGCCAAGCGCUGGAUGCGUGCCACUGGGCCCCUAGCGCCUUGGUGGCCGGCAAGCCGGGCACGGACGACUUGGAGCUCUUCGUCAUGUACUCCCGCGGCGUGCCCGAUGACACCAAGCAGCUCGCCUCCUUCCUGCAUGGCAACGCUUCUCUGCUCUUCAAACGGACAAAGCCGGUGCCCGAGGGCAAUGGCCACGGGCCCACGCACCCCUCUGACAAGGCCAGCAGCAUCCAGUCGCGGCCCCUGCCCUCCCCGCCCAAGCUGCUGGCACAGGAGUCACCCGAGGGCCCGUAUGAAAACCACGAGAGCGGCUGGAUGGAGGACUAUGACUACGUGCACCUCCAGGGCAAGGAGGAGUUUGAGAAGACACAGAAGGAGCUGCUGGAGAAAGGCAACAUUAUCCGGCAGAGCAAGGACCAGCUGGAGCACCAGCAGCUGAAGCAGUUUGAGCGGCUGGAGCAGGAGGUGACGCGGCCCAUUGACAACGACCUGUCCAACUGGAGCCCUCCCCAGCACUACGGCCCUGCGCGGGGCGGGGGGGCCCUGUGUGCCGCCGACCGCCAGCUGCUCCUCUUCUACCUGGAGCAGUGCGAGGCCAACCUCACCACGCUCACCAACGCCAUCGACGCCUUCUUCACCGCCGUCAGCACCAACCAGCCCCCGAAAAUCUUCGUGGCCCACAGCAAAUUCAUCAUCCUCAGCGCCCACAAGCUCGUCUUCAUCGGCGACACGCUGUCCCGCCAGGCCAAGGCGCAGGACGUGCGGCACAAGGUGACGCACUACAGCAACCUCCUGUGUGAGAUGCUCAAGGAGAUCGUGGUGAGCACCAAAGCUGCGGCGCUGCACUACCCGUCACCCGCCGCCUCCAAGGACAUGGUGGAGCGCGUCAAGGACCUCGCCAACAGCACGCAGCAGUUCAGGAUGGUGCUGGGCCAGCUGGCCGCCAUGUGAUGGCCCUGUGCCGCUGCCCCCCGCGGCCCUCUGCCCAGCGUAACACACCUGUACAUAGAGACUCACGCAGGGCUGAGGGGCCGUGGCUGUCAUCCCCUUCCCUCCUCUUCCUCUCAACGUUGGUUUCAGAGCCAUGCCCGCAGUGCCAGGGGUGCGAUCUCUCCCUGCUGUGCUCGUUCCUCUGCUCCAGUUGAGAUGGGGCUGGCAGUGGGGCUGCCCCAGUGCCCUGGGACGACGCUGCGGGCUCCGUUGGCACGUUGGCCAGUUGUUGUAGUGCUGUGGCACAGACAGACCAAGCCGAGGAGCAGCGGCGGGGAGAUGAAGAAUGCUGUCCUGAGCGAUGGGGGAGGGGGCGAGGGGCAGCCGGGGGGAUGAGGGGCUCGAACCUUUGCAUUUCAAGUCUUGGUUUUGCUGUACAGGCUGUAACUGAAAUGCAAACCGACAUUGGUGCCUUCUGAACACUGGCGAAGCUUCCUCCGGUUCCCGGAGCCGUGGAGUUGCAGCCACCCCCAAAACUCAGCCCCCUGGUCCCACAGCAGCAUAAAGAUUUGCCUAGAAAUCCCCCUGGCGCCUGGCUGUGUGUGCGGUGCUGGGAGCAGGCACCCUGUGGGAGCAGCUGGGGUGUCCUGUCCCCAAAAAGCAGCAGUGCUGGAGCAUGGCUGGGAUGCUGUGUUCUUUAUGGCAGAGUGAUAACAUGGGCUUGCUCAUAGCAUCUUGAUGUGGAGCAGGACGUGGCACUGGGGUGGGCACAAGCAGUAGCGAAGUUGCAGUGCUGCACAGCCCACAGCCACCCGCACUUUGCUGUGCUCUUCUGGCACCUGCACCCAGGCUGCAAUGCAGCUGCUGUGCAGAGGGAGGCAGUGCCAGGGCAGUGGGUGCCACGGUAGCCUUGGGUGACGGGCACCCAGAGCCAGAGUGUGGGCUCACAGUGCUUGCUGCAGCGCCGCAGCACGUACCUGGUGCACAGGACAGCCCUGACCCCAUGCAUCCACCCCCCUGCCCUAUUCCUGUGUCCCCUGCCUCAGCUCCCACUGUGACCCCCAGCCCUGUUCCUGUGUGCCCAAGUGCUGAUCAUCAUCCUCACCCAGGACCCAGCUGCGUCCUGCACUGUGGAGACCACAGUACCCGUGUGGCACCAGCCCCAUCCCAUGCCCCUGCUUCUCCCAUCCCUAUCCCUGCUACUCAGCCAGGCUGCACUGGGAGCUGUGCAGCCCCAGGAAGAGCGUGGCCACCUCUGGCAGCUCCAGCUGGCUGCAGUGGCUGCAGGUGCCCAUCAUCACCUUGUCCAGCAGCUCUGCUAGGAGGAAAGAGGCAACCAGAAGAUCUGCAGGGCUGUCCUGCCUGUGUCCCUAUCUCCUGUCCUCAUGUCCAUCCUGUCACUGUUACCUUUCUGUUCCAUCGUGUCCCAUCCUUGUCUCCACCCAUAAUUGCCCAUCCUUUGCCCAGACCAGUCCCACCAGCCCUCCCAUCCCUGUUCCAUUUCCACCCAGGCCCUGUCUGGAUAGCCAUCCCUAUCACCAUCUCAUUCGUAUUCCAU